AGGUUUUCGAGCAUGACGGUGUCGCCGGAAGCUUGGGCGGGCCUCGCGACGCUCAGCACGGCGGUUGAGACGCUCGAGCGCAUCGUGCGCUCGGCGGAUGUCCAUAUGGACCGCCCGCUACAGGUGAUGGGCCAGGACGCGCUGCUCUUUGCCGCCUCCAUGUACGACGAAGACCUGGCGCUGGAGGUGCUCGCGGCGCGUGCGAGGAUACCUGUGAAUGUCAAUGCCAUCGACAACCACGGCUACGCAGCGCUGCACUACGCUGUCGACGCAGACAUGGACCCGUUGGCGCAAACGUUGCUCGCUAUCGAGGGCAUUGGCGUGCGUCUCCAGACCGAGGACUUGAGCGUUGUGGGGCACAUUCAGUCGGGCGGGCGCACGCCCUUGCAUCUUGCCGUUCUCCGCGGCAAUGUGGGCCUCGUGCAGCUGCUUCUGGAAGCCGACUCAUCGCUUGCAGCGAUCGCCGACUUGGAUGGCCACCUGCCCGUGCACUUGGCACAGCUCCACGGUGGCUCCAUGGACCUCAUCGGUCGUUUGCAGGCGUGCCAUGCUGCGACACUGUACGACGUCGCGUCGCUGCAGAAGCGCAAGCAGGCUGCGCAAGCAGUAGCUGCGGCGCGCUACCAAGCAAGUUUGUCGGUACCAGACGCGUUGGCAACGCCAUGCAUUUUUCCCAGAAUCUGGUCGCAAGCCGAAUGUGAGCACGUGCUGAGUCAGCUCGAGGCAACGACGCGCGUAACGGGGUGGCACACGACGCGGCAUACGUCGUACCCGACGACGGACCUUCCGAGCUACUGCCUUCCUCGAAGUGAGCACUACUGGGUCCAAGACACAUUGUGCGACCGACUCUUCCCGUUGCUUCUCUCGCGCUUCCAGCUCCCAGCGUCAACACGCCUGUCGUUUCGAGAUCUCUUUUUCGUCAAGUACGAGGCGGCGCAGGACGCCCAGCGGGAUCUCGCACUGCACUGCGACGGCUCGGUCCUCUCGUUCAACGUGCUUCUCAACAAACGCACCGACUUUGUGGGUGGCGGCACGUUCUUUGCCCCAACACAGACAACGGUUCACAUCGAGCAAGGCGACGUCGUGGUGCACAGCGGGCGUGUUGUGCACGGCGCGGCGCCCGUCACCGAGGGCAAGCGCCUCAUUCUCGUUGCUUUUCUCAACGUUCGCUUCCUUGCCGCCACACCGUAGUACAGAGUCGCAACGCUAGAAGCACGGAAUCAUUAGUUCUCUUCGGGACGGCGUCGGCGACUAAAUCUGCAGUGCGGUGGACGAGUCCGUGU